AGGGAGGCGGAAGCCGCCAAAAAGGCAGAAGCAGCUCGCAAGAAGGCCGAGAAGGAGGCCCUCCUAAAAGAGGAGGAGGCCAACACGCCGGGUCGGGCGGGUCCGAAGAACGCCAAGACAGCCGUCAAGAAGACACGCGGGUUAGACCUGUCGCAGCUCGACGACGAUCGCAGCGGCGGCUCGCUCGGAGCCCUCAACGCCACGGGUAUCGACAACGCGCUCGAUGCCCUCUCCCUGACGACUUCCGACGCCGCCAAGGUCGACAGACACCCCGAGCGACGGUUCAAGGCGGCGUACGCGGCCUUUGAGGAGCGUCGCCUCAAGGAGAUGGACAACGACGGCACCGGUCAGGGCCUGCGUCUGCAGCAGAGGAAGGACAAGAUCAGGAAGGAGUUUGAGAAGAGCCCGGAGAACCCUUUCAACCAAGUGACCGCAAGGUUCGACGCCACCAAGGAGGAGCUGGCCGAAAUCAAACAGAAGGAGAAGAGCAAGAUCGAGGCCAGACUUGGGAAAUAG